AUGGAAGAACUUCUAAUCCGCGAUCAAAGCCGUCUACGGUCCGCCGACCAAAGGUACGGCUCCUCUCCUCAGCGCGACUGCAGUACCUUCCUCACUGAGAAGACACAAAUUCUACAGCGAUGGGCCGAGCACUUCCGAGGCGUCCCCAACCGUCCCUCCACCAUCUCCGACGCCACCAUCGGCCGUCUGCCGCAAGCGGAGACCAACGUGGAUCUCGACCUUCCGCCGUUUCACCAGGAAACCACCAGGGCCGUGCAACAGCUCUCUAGCGGGAAAGCACCCGGAUCGGACGCGAUCCCUGCUGAGGUCUACAAGCAUGGUGGCUCCCAACUUAUGGAUCCCCUGAUUGGCGUCAAGGAGAUGUCCCGCUGGACCGUGCUCGCCAGGCUAUGCUCAGUGCCGACGUUUACAAGGCGGUUCAAAACUUUGGAAAAGCUUGCCUCGCUGUACUCUGAGAUUUGA